UUAUGUACGUAGAACAAGGUCAUUAGUAGGCCUUGAAUAGGAAUAAUUAGCUGGAUCAUUACGUAAGCUUCAAACAUUUUGUGUCAAAAUUAAGUGUAGUUAGCAUGGUGAUCAACAACGACGGUCAUAGCGAUGGAAGUGAUGAUUACACUGAUGGAUACAUCGACCAAUCAAAUAUCAAUACAGACGACGAGUUUCUAACGACAGCGAGCAGUAACCAAUCAGAAAGCUCGCCAAAUUCGUCAGCCAAUCACUAUUCAGUGUUUCCUGAGCCAACAUGCUGUACUUACUGCCUAGCGUCUUGGCGUGUAUGGCUUCGACAACUGAUUAUUUGUAUAUACAUUAUUCUUUUUGUAGCCGUUUCUAUUGUGCUUUUGUUGGGAAUGCACUCGUAUAAUAUUAAUCAGUUCACGUCGGCAAACUUUCUGGCAGGUAUCGCGAUGGCGUUUACAGUGCCAAUGUCGCUUUGGGGCAUUUCACAACACUUGAUUAAUUACACGAAGCCUUCUCUACAAAUGUACAUCAUACGGGUGCUGUGGAUGGUUCCAAUCUACUCAAUAUUGAGUUUUUGUGGACUGCACUUCACAGACAAGAAUGUAAUCCUGGACGCCAUCAAGGAUUGCUACGAGGCAUUUGUAGUGUACAGCUUCACCUGCUAUCUCGUCAAGUACAUCCAACUGCAGAGUUCGCUCGACUUUUCCACGAAGAGUGCCAAACACAUCUUCCCCUGCUGCUGCAUGAGUGGCUGGCAAAGCCAUGACAGUAUAGUGAACUGUACCAUUGGGGUGCUGCAGUACACGCUGGUGAAGCCAAUCAUAACUGUCGUCACAGUCAUAACGUCCAUAUUUGGUGUGUAUCAAGAGGGCAAGUGGGACCUCUCCUACGCCUGGAUCUACUCUAUGGUGCUCAACAACGUCUCCCAGGUGUGGGCACUCUACUGUCUCGUGCUGUUCUACCGCACCUUCAAACAGGAACUGAAGGGGUCUCGCCCUGUAGCUAAAUUCCUCUGCAUUAAAAUGGUCAUCUUCGCCACUUGGUGGCAAAGUUUGGCAAUCAGCAUCCUUGUGCAAAUAUUCAAUCUGCAGGAAGUGAAGUGGAUUGCGGCUAAGAGUGCGAGUGACGUUGAGGUCUCACAUGCAAUACAGGACUUUGCAGUGUGUUUUGAGAUGUUUGCUGCAGCCAUUGCUCACCACUAUGCCUUCACCCACCGAGAGUUCAAAGACACCACUCAAAAAAGGGUGAAAUUCGUCACCGCAGUCCAGAACAUGUUCGACAUCCGAGAUGUGGGCAAUGAUGUCAUUAGUCAUGGAUACAUCGUCCGUCAAAAAGUGAAAGACAGAAUACGGGGUAAUGGGCGCACCCGAUUGGACGACGAAGGAAACGGCACUACUACUCCAAGAACGCAAUAUCCGAAUUCGAAUCUCUCGAGAACAAACGAAGGCUUACAGGAACGCCUGGUUGAACGCUCUUCUCACGGUGUUGACAACCCUAGUCACGAUACUUCAAUUUUAUGCGACGUUGCUGUUUAUGAGGAUAAUACCGAGUCACUGAAGGCUGCAGAAAGUCAGAUUUAUAUGGAAGAUGAUAGCAUUUCAAAACACACGAACCGAACUGAAACACAAACUCUCUCCGUAAAUGCAGAUGUUAACAUGCCGACCACACAAAUUAGGGCUUCGCCUGUAAUCAAUAAAAUUGAACCAAGUCACGUAGAGUUUUCGGUCACUGCGCACGGCGACCGUGUCACAGAAAAUAAAACUGAGUUAUUUAAUAUUUAGUAUAAUGUAGUGGAUUAGCUAAUAAUAGUAGCUAAAUCUACAUUUGUGAAAAAAUUUUCUAACAAAUGCUGAUUAGUUUUGAAUGUUUUGCUAGCAGAGCCUUCAUAUAUAUAUGCACAAUGCAAAUUUGAUUUGCAGUAAAAAAUUAGGUUGCACUGGUGCAAAAUUUGCACCAACAUCCGAUCAUCUCGAUUUUUCAAUAUAAUGAAGUCGCUAUGUAGUAAAUUUUUUAUAAUUAAUUUACAACUUGGAAAAGUUUUUUUUCCUGUAGAUGCUGACUGUAAUUAGUGAUCCAAUCUUUGUAUCUGUUUGUCUCAUUUCUAUUUAGUUGUUACUAGUUCUUGUAAAGAAAUUAUGGUUUUGUAUGUAAA